GGCCAUCACAGAGCUGUUCUGUCUGUCCCCACGCCAGCAGCAAGACAAAAACACAGCCUACAAAAGCCGGUGCACAUGCUGAACACCAGACCGCGCCGCCGCCACGGUCUCCCCUCACAGCGCUGCCUCUGCCGUCGUGUCCAUGCCAGGGGGAGGUGCCGGGAGGCGCCACAGGCCCUGUCCCGCCUCCAUCCGCUGUGGGCCGGUUUUGUGUGUUCAGCCCUGAGUUACGUCUCCAGGGGUACAGCCGGGAACAAAACUAAACCCAACAUCCUGCCUUCCCCCCACCCCUCCCCUCCGGCCCAGCCCAGCGCUGGGCAGCCAGGGAGCCGGUACCGCCCCAACUUCUCCCGGCUCCAAACGCCGGACCUGGUUGCUGUAGAGACCUCCCCGACGCGUCUGGGAGGACUGGGAUGUUAAAACAAAUUAGCGUGGUCAUACUAGUUUACGUCGGGAGAAAACUGUUCAAGCCUAGGAAGGAAUGUGCCGGAGAAAUUUCCUGUGUUUCCUGAGUACGUUGCAAAAGUUCUGUUGGAAGGGCGUGGGGCAGUAAUGAAAUAGGGAAAUUUAAAAGUUGUGGAGCAUGCUCUGCAACUUUGAAAAAUGCCAGAUGGCCCUGGCUCCAAGCGCAGUCGUUCCACCACCGCCACCUCUUCAAACAACACCGAGCGGAGCAAGCACGAAGCACAGCCUGUGCCCCCAUAGCCAGGUCAUCUUCGUCUUGUGAAAGAAAGAUAAUCUCCCAAACCAGAACUACACCCACUGGUGUCAUAUCCUGGUUUUGUUGCUGCAAAGAUGACCGUAAAAGGUUCAAGAUACAAAAUGCCAGCAAGGAGUUAACUGGAGCCUUGUGCAUCUUUGUGUGAAAUUUUGGUGUGUUAUUUCCUGCUCCUAUACAAGGGUGUUGAAAAAAAAAAAAAAGCCUAAUUAGACAUGCACAUGAACACAAAAAUUAUUGAGGCAGCUUUAUCUCUGAUGACUACGAACUUUUUUAUUUCGUCUUAGAAGAUAAGCUGAUUUUUCUCUCCUGUUUGUAAAGAAUUUAUAAGUCAUCUUGUUGCAGAGUCCAGAUAAUCAAAAGCUAGGCUGCUGGGUUUAUGUUGUGAUUGUUUUUGUUCUUUAACUCUUGCAGCUGUAAUGACUAUCUGUGAUGUUUGAAAAGGUGGUCAUCAGAUCGAAGAGUGGAGCAUUAUGCCCUUUAUCUCUUACGGUGAAGUGGCUCUGCAAGCUGUUUUAGUUUAUACUAAAAAACCACUGCUCGUUGCUCUUACUCAUUUCCCACGCAGUACCCAAUGAAUGUUAUGUGCACAGCUGGUUUUCUUUUAUUUAGAGCACCACUCCUGAUUCACUACAGUCAUACAGAAGAACGACUGUUCGUCAUUUUCUUUGGUUUUCCCACUCCCAUAAAAUUAGGAAGUAGCCCCCCACAGUAAUUUGUCAUCUUGAUAUUUGUCCAGCAGACAGUGAGUUAAUGCAAUCACUGGAAAAUCCUGGAUGGAAACCAAUGUGUGCUGGAUCAGUGGUUUGGCAAUGGUCAAAUGCCAGUUUUCCAGUGUUCUUGUGAACAAUUCUACAUACAGAACUGCCCUUGUAGAAAUGCACCUAGUUAAGAAUGAGCACAAGAGAAGUGCUGAGGUAGACACAGGCUUCAUGUCAUGUUGGUUUCCAGUUUAAAAAUCAGAAGGCUGGCAAUUUUAAAGGAACAGCAACAACGUGAUGACCAGGUGCCAAGUGCCAGCUUUCCUUAUUCAUCAGAUUCAAGAAGAACUGGACAAAGAUGAAGAAGAGAUGAUGGUUUUCCUGUGCCGAGACCUUGCUCCUGACUUGGCCACUGCUGAUCUUAAAGAGAUCUUGGUGGCUUUGAAUGAGAGAGAGAAACUGACUCCUGUUGGCUUGUCUGAGCUGUUGUACAGAGUUAAGAGGUUUGACUUGCUGAGGAGGAUCCUGAACACUGAGAAAGCAACAGUGGAAGCUCACCUUGCCAGGAGUCUCAGACUUAUCCCUGAUUACAGGGUACUAAUGGUAGAGAUAAAUGAAAAUCUGGAAAAAGAUGAAGUGGGUUCUCUUGGUUUUCUACUCAGAGAUUAUGCACCUCGUAUGAAAAUGGCAAAAGAUAAGAGUUUUCUAGCUCUUAUAAUUGAUCUGGAGAAGCUAAAUUUGGUGGCUCCUAAUCAACUGGAUUUGAUAGAAAACUGUUUUCGAAGUAUUCACAGGAUAGACUUGAUUAGGAAGAUUCAGAAGUACAAACAUGAAGCUUCAGUGUCCUCCGUUCAUUCUCAGCCAGUUUAUGUAAAUGCUCAUCAGGCCUCUCUCCCUAAUUUCAAUCUGAUUGAUCCUCCUUAUCAUUCAGGGAUUCAGAAUGAGAACAUAGAAAAAUUACGAAAUGGAUCAAGUCUUACUCUGGGUGCAGCAGAACCACUUCGCAUGUCCAUUGAGGAGUCAGGAUCAGUGUCACAUAAGAUGCCUGAUGAUUAUUACAGAAUGCAAAGUCAGCCUUUAGGAAUAUGCCUGAUAAUAGAUUGUAUUGGCAAUGACACUGAUGUGUUGGAAGAGACCUUCAGAGGCUUAGGCUAUGAUGUUCAUUGUCACAGGUAUUUAAAUAUGAACUCCAUGAAUCAAAAAUUGCUUGAAGUUGCAAGGUGGCAGAAGCACAAAAAUUAUGACAGCUUCGUUUGCAUAUUGGUCAGCCGUGGAAACUCUCAGAGCAUCUUCUGUACAGACCACACCUUUUCUGGAUUCCCUUUGGAACAAAUAAAGAAAUACUUUACAGGAGACUCAUGUCCUGGACUCCUAGGAAAACCGAAGCUUUUUUUUAUUCAGAGCUAUGUUGUGCCAGAAAAUGAGCAAGAAUGUACCAGUCUUUUGGAAGUUGAUGGGAAUGCUGAGAUUAUCAGUCCUAAACUCACGAUUCCCCAUGCAGCAGACAUCUUUUGGAGUCAUUGCAAGGUGGAUGUGUCUACACUAGAACAAUCCCCAACUUCAUCCUCAUAUUAUCUGCGUUGUCUGGCUGAGCUACUCCGUAAUCCUUUUAAAAGGAAACUCUGUAUAUUGGCUAUCCAUAUGGAACUGAACAAAAAAGUUUAUGAUGGGAAUAUGAGUGCUGACCCAAGCCAACAAUACUCACUGCUGCUCCAGCACACACUGAGGAAGAAACUUUUUUCCCCACUUAACUGCUGUUAGAACGUACAUAUCUGAAAUUAUUAACAAGAAGCAUUUGCUAUGAUGCUAACAGUUAAUUCCUACCCAGUAAUGCCAGAUCUUUGCUGACAAGUUCUGGCUUGCAUGCCUCUACAGACUGGCAAAAGAGAAGGGAGAGAGAGAUGGUCUUUUCAGUGAUCUGGAUCCAUACUUUUAUUUAUGCAAUGUUAUUUCAUGUAUAUCUAAAGUGCCUGUUGCUUCCAAACACAGGAAUUUACAAGCAUUUUACUGUGCUAAGACACUAGAUUUUGUAUUUUAAUACUGUAGUCUCUGAAAGCUUGGUAGAGAAUGGUAGCUAUUGUAUAGCAGUGCAACAUAUCUUGUUAUUUAACAUAUUGAAGUAGAAGAAAAAAUAACAUAUCUUGUUAUUUAACGUAUCUUGUUCUUUAAAGGGCAUCUUUCUCAGGCAGAUUUAAAUCAGUCCCUAAAUUACUGAAUACCACGGGUAAAGAGAUCUAAACUGUAUAGCUGUUGGGUUUUCCAAAAAAAACCAAAAGUGUUUUUAUUGCUUCAUUGGUAGUUUUUAACUUACCUUCUAGCAGUUCAAUACUUAAACAAAUAAAAAUAAGGCAGCCCAAACCACUGAAAUGCAUUGAUUACUUUCCCCUGCACCUAGUAGUGGCAACUGUCUCAGGAAAGCAUUCCUACCCAGUAAUGCCAGAUCUUUGCUAAGAAGUUCUGGCUUGCAUGCCUCUAUAGACUGGCAAAACAGAAGGGGGUUCUGUGUUAAUAAAUGAGACAUUCUGCCGUGCUUUGGGCCAAGUAUAUUUUCUGCUGAUGCAAAAAUGAGUCUACAUGUGACAGAACAUUAUAGUAAUCUGCCACACAGUUAAAAAAAUGUGAGAUUUUGGCAGAUGUCUUGUGGAAGCUGAAACACGAUUCACACUCGUUGUACCAGGCAUAGCUGUAAAGAGAUACUUUAAAAUCUUUCAACUUAAAUGUAGUAUGUAGCAGCCAUGGGCCUUUAAGACUGGAUUAUGUUAAACACACCAACCUUACUGCUUUUGCUUAUGAAAAAGAAUAUGCCUCUAUUAAUUCAUUUUUUUCCCAAGUGCUCUUGUUCUUGUGAAAAAAGAAAAGGGAAAAUUUCCCUAAAUACAAAACUUUUUCUCCAAUGUAGCAGUUGCCUAACUAAAAGUUAACUGCCUUAAAGUUCAGUUAGCCUACUUGUGUAGCAGUAUAACGUGAAUGGGUUGUAUUGAAGUUUAUUGUCACUGAACUUAGUGACAAUAAAGUAGGCCACUUGUAAAUAUUUAAUUUUUACUCCUAAUAUAGUCUCCUAUGUGGGAAAAUAAUUCAAGGUCCUGCUGUGCUUUGCUUGGUUUCUGUUUAAAUUUUUAAUGGAAAAGAGAAGGAUACAAAAUGAGGGAUAUGGAAUCUUAGAAGUUACUUCCUGUGGUGGCUGGUAGAUGAACUACAUGGUGAAACAAAUGUUUCCUGUGGUUGUAGAAAUAAGAUGUCAUUUCAAAUUACAGAUAUCUAAGUAAUAUUAAUAUAUGUGAUCUUCUUCACAGAUUAACUUCACUUUCCCAUUUCCUUUACUAGCUUUUGCAUUUGACAAGCACUUCUGCUACCCUAUAGACAACCAAAAGCAGGGAGAAUGGAACCAACAGGAGGCAGAUGAGGAAAAGAAAUGUGAAAAUUUUAAGCAGGAACAAGAAGGGGAAUGGUAGGGAGCAUCAAGACAAGAACAAGUAGGGGAAAAACGAUUUGGAUGAGAAAUAUAGUAUCAAUAUUGGAAGGCGAAGGAAACAGGGAAAAGGAAGUGAGAAUAAUAGUGGCUGUCUUUACAGACUCUAAUGAUGUGGUGAGUUGGUUGAUGUUUUGUGGACUGGUUGGUUGGGGGGUUUAGAGUGAUGCUAAAUGCAACUAUUUACUUAAGAUAUUAGCAGUAGAAUAUAUUCUGCUUUUACAGUUUUGUGACAAGUUUGGUUUGCGGGUUAAGAAGUACAUAUGUUCUUUGCCUUACUGCAAGACAGUAAGUCCAUGUACCUUUCAUUAAGAAAUUAUGCAGAAAUGCUGUUUUGAAAACUAGAGGCGCAUGUAAUUAACCCUUUCAGUGGAAAAGGAAGGGACACUCUUUGUGUAUGGCUGCUUGGUUGGAAGUGGUUAUAAUCCUCUAGAGUUGUGGGGACAGAUGUGUAUUGUGCAGCGUUCAUGGGUGUCAGAUACUGAUUUUUUACACCGAUCCUCCGUAGAUUCUUAAACCAUAGCCAUACACAAUCUAUAAUCAUACAUCUAAGCAGUAUUUGUUGCCUUGUCACCUCUUUCAAGAAUGGUAUUUGGGCAGGCUGAGUCCCUGGACCUGCUGCACAGUGAGUAUUUAUGCAGGACUUCUGUGAUGGCAGUUGUCUGUCGCUUCUCCCAUAGCGUAUAGGAUCACAGACUCAUAGAAUAAACUGAGUUAGAAGGGACCCAUCAGGAUCAUCGAGUCCAACUCCUAGCCUUGCACGGGACACCCCAAGAAUCCCACCAUGUGCCUGAGAGUGUUGUCCAAAAGCUUCUUAAGCUCUGUCAGGGUUGGUGCUGUGACCACUUCCCUGGGGAGCCUGUUCCAGUGCCCAGCCACACUCUGGAUGAAGAACUGAAGAACCUCUUCCUAAAAUCUAUCCUAACCCUCCCCUGACACAGUUUCAUUUCUCAAGUCCUGUCAGUGGUCACCAGAGACAAGCAGUUGCUACCUCUGCCCCUCUGCUUCCCCUCGUGAGGAUGUUGAAGACUACAGUGAGGUCUCCCCUCAGUCUCUUCCUCCCCAGGCUGAACAAACCAAGUGACCUCAACCCCUCCUCAGAGGGCCUCCCCUCCAAAAUCCUUACCAGGUUUCUGUGUCCCUCCAUACACGAGGGGUCCUGUCUCUUCUUCCUGUAGUGCACACAUAAAAUUUGAGUCUAGAAAUGGAUGUGACUGCAUCAAGUUGUCCCUGUAUUGCAUGUAGUGAAAUGAUUUCAGGUUAAAUGAUCCUUUAGCCAAAAGAAAAAGGGGAAGAGAAUUUUGGAUCCAUCAUGAGUUUAAGGUGUUAGCACAGGAACAUAGAGAGUGACGUGCUGGUAAAAUUUCAUGGUCUUGGACUGCCAAAAUGUCUAGUUUUCAGAACCUGCUAUUGGAGGAGAUAAAAAAAUAAGUUACGCUGCUCCUGCAUUGUCAGAGGUUGGAAUAAGGCUGUCAGAGAGUCACUGCUCUAGCACUUAAUUACAGUUUUGGUUUCUGAUAACAGAAAAAAAAAUUCUUGUAGUUCUGUAUGUGCUCUGUAUAUGGAAGGUGAUGCCUUUAAGUGGCUCAGAAGCUGUAUGCAUGAGACAAGAGAUUUGUGUUUUGUACCACACUUGAGUUGCAUGGUUUUUCUCAGACACCUACACUGAUGUGGCUGAGCCAGAAAUUGAGUUUACUUCGCACUGUUACAUAUUUGUGUAUUACAGUGGUUGCCAACUCAUUAUCCAAAAUAGAAGUUAUGUUCAAGAGGAUGUUACUGUGCUAGCACUUUUAGAUGGAGCAUGUUGUAUGGCUGAUCUCCCCUUUCAACUCUGCAUAAGAAGUAACAGUGGCUCCUAUUACAGAUACCUGAGUCAGAGGAACUUUUUUAUGGGAGUUUCUGAGAAUUCUUUUCUGCUUUCCAGAGUUUUAAGUUUCUGACAUGCAGAACAGUAUUGCUGAGGAGAGGCUGCUGUCUGUGUGGAUGAUCUAUAGUCAAUUUAAAUUAAAUCUCCUGUAUUGAAUUAUUUGACAGCUUUUCUGUGGCUGGUUUAAAUAAUGCCUAUUUUUCAGCUUCUGUAUUAGAAACAAUAAUAAGACACUAUGAUUGGAUACAAAUGCUGGGUUUCAUGCUGAUAUUCUGAAUAAAAUUUCUGUAUGCAGUCAGA